GUAGGGGCGUCAAGAUGGCGGCGGCAGCUACCUGCAGCGCGGGAGUCCUUAGCUCUGGGUGUGUGGCAUCCACUGCCGGCCCGAGCGGCACCACCAGCUUCCAGAGGAGGAGCAAGACCUCUGGGGCUGACGCGGGUGGCCCUCGGCUGCUGUCCAUUGCGGGCACGCGACCGUCGGUGCGGAAUGGACAGCUGCUGGUGUCAACUGGGCUCCCAGCCCUGGACCAGCUCUUAGGUGGAGGUUUAGCUGUUGGAACAGUUCUUCUGAUUGAAGAAGAUAAAUAUAAUAUUUAUUCACCUUUGCUCUUCAAGUAUUUCCUGGCAGAAGGAAUUGUCAAUGGGCAUACUCUGUUGGUUGCAUCUGCCAAAGAAAAGCCUGCCAACAUUUUACAGGAACUCCCUGCACCACUACUUGAUGAUAAUGGUAAAAAAGAGCUUGAAGAUGUACAUAAUUCUAAAACACCAGAACAAGACGUUAAUAUGAAAAUAGCCUGGCGAUACCAGUUACUACCCAAGAUGCAGGUUGGACCUGUGUCAUCUUCACGAUUUGGUCACUAUUAUGAUGUAUCAAAAAGGAUUCCUCAAGAGCUACUAGGAAGUUCAAAAUGGCAUGGAUUCUUCCUCCCAGAACAUGUAACUUCAGAUCUUAAAGGAGAAUCCUGUUCUUUGUCUGGAGACUAUAUGAAGCUGCUUCAGUUCAUCCAGAGCAUCAUUUAUACUGAAGGAUUUGAUGGAUCUAAUCCCCAGAAAAAACAGAAAAACAUUUUAAGAAUAGGAAUUCAGAGCUUUGGUUCACCAUUAUGGGGAGAUGACAUUUGCUGCACAGAAAACUGUAACAACAGUCACAGGCUUACCAAGUUCCUCUAUGUUCUUCGUGGUCUUCUAAGAGCUUCACUAUCAGCCUGUAUCAUCACAAUGCCAACACAUCUGAUCCAGAAUAAAGCAAUUAUUACUCGUGUGAGAAAUUUGUCAGAUACAGUAGUUGGUCUGGAAUCUUUUAUUGGUUCAGAGAAAGAAACCAACCCAUUAUAUAAGGAUUAUCAUGGUUUGAUCCAUAUAUGGAAGAUUCCUCGGCUUAAUAACUUGACUUGUGAUGAAUCGGAUGUCAAAGACUUAGCUUUUAAGUUAAAACGGAAGCUGUUCACCAUUGAGCGACUGCAUUUGCCUCCAGACUUGUCAGACACAGUGAGUCGCUCAAGCAAACAGGAUCUGGCAGAAUCCGCCAAGCUGCUGGGCCCAGGCUGUGGCAUGAUGGCCGGAGGCAGGAAGCACCUGGACUUCUAGGGAAUCCUCCUUAGUAACUGCAUGUGGAAUUAUCUGACACCCUAAUUAUGACUGCAAAUAGCUUAUGUAAAUAUUUUUCUUAAUGAUUUGACCCUCCAAUCUUUGAAAAACACAGGAUUACAAAAUGGAGCCAUCAUUCUUCAGUUUAGUUUGUUUCAUUGUUUGUUUUUUUCCUCCAACUUUUGUACAAAAAUAAUAAAAUACCAUCAUUUGACAUUUA